CCCCACCCAGCUGUUUCAUACCGGAAGCGGCUGUGCUAACCACUGAGCUGUCAACAAAGGGCAAAACUGGAUGAAAAAGGGAAUUAGAUGAGGGAGUCGGCGGAAUUUUCGAUUCCGAGUGUCGUCUCCUAGAUUUUAUUACACUAGACGGUUUGCUCGAUCCUAAAUAUGGCGACAACGGCGCAGCUAUUCGAGGAGCCUUUUGAUGCAGAUGAGUAUAUUGAAAGGUUGGCAUGGAGGACUCCUGGAGGAGGCUCCAAAGGAGGAGCUGAGGCGUUCGACCCAAAGAGACUGUUGGAAGAGUUUGUGAACCACAUCGAGGAGCUGAAGCAACUGGAUGAGAAGAUUCAGCGGCGGGUGGAGAAGCUUGAGCAUCAGUGUCACCGCGAGGCCAAGGAAUUUGCUCACAAAGUGCAAGACUUGCAAAGAAGCAAUCAGGUGGCCUUCCAACAUUUCCAAGAGCUGGAUGAUCACAUCAGUUAUGUGGCAACCAAGGUGUGUCACCUGGGGGACCAGCUGGAGGGGGUGAACACGCCGCGGCAGAGGGCUGUGGAGGCUCAGCGACUUAUGACCUACUUUAACGAGUUCCUGGAUGGAGACUUACGCAGCGAUGUCUUCAAUAACCCAGACAAGAUAAAGGAGGCUGCUGACAUCAUCCAGAAGCUGCACCUCAUCGCCCAGGAGCUGCCCUUCGACAGGUUUGCAGAUGUCAAGGCAAAAAUUGCAAGUAAAUACCACGACCUGGAGCGUCAGCUAAUCCAGGAGUUCACCGCUGCCCAGCGCAGGGGUGAGAUCGGACGAAUGCGAGAAGUUGCAGCCGUUUUAUUACAUUUUAAGGGCUAUGCACAUUGUGUGGACGUUUAUAUCAAACAGUGUCAGGAAGGGGCGUACCUUAGGAAUGAUGUGUUUGAGGACACGGCCGUCCUCUGUCAGAAGGUCAACAAGCAGGUGGGCGAGGUCUUCAGUAGCCCGGAGACAAUCAUGGCCAAACUCAUCCAGAACAUCUUUGAAUAUAAAUUACAGGCUCACAUUAAAGGAAAACUGGACGAAACUCGACACUCGGAUGUUGAGCAGUACCUCAAGAACCUGUAUGAACUGUACACCAGGACUACAGCGUUAGCGACUAAGCUAGCAGAGUUCAACCUGGGGUCAGACAAGCACACUUUUCUGUCUAAGCUGAUAAAGAGCAUCUUCUCCUCCUACCUGGAAAGUUACGUGGAAAUGGAGAGAGAAUACCUUCGUACCCGCGGUGCCAUGAUUCUGCAGCGCUACUACGACUCCAAAAACCACCAGAAACGACCCAUAGGCACCGGCAGCAUUCAAGAUCUGAAGGAGCGAAUCAGACAGAAAACCAACCUCGCCCUCGGUCCAAGCAUCGACACUCACGGGGAGACCUUUCUGUCCCCUGAGCUCGUGGUCAACCUGCUGCAGGAGACCCGACAUGCCUUCGAGCGAUGCCACAGGCUUUCAGAUCCCUCCGACCUGCCCAAGAACGCCUUCUCCAUUUUCCUGCUGCUGGUUGACCAUCUGUGCGUGGAACACAUCGACUACGCUCUGGAGAUUGGUCUGGCAGCUAUUCCCUCCUCUGAUGCCAAGAACGCAAAUCUUUACUUCCUGGAUGUGGUUCAACAGGCCAACUCCAUCUUCCACUUGUUUGACAAACAGUUUAAUGACCAGCUCAUGCCUCUUAUAAGCUCUUCUCCAAAGUUGGCAGAGUGCCUUCACAAGAAGAAAGAGGUGAUAGAACAGAUGGAAGUGAAACUGGACACAGGAAUUGACAGGACACUGAACUGCAUGGUGGGACAAAUGAAGCACAUCUUGGCCACAGAGCAGAGGAAGACUGACUUCAGGCCUGAGGAUGAAAACAACGUCAUGAUCCAAUACACUGCAGCCUGCUCCAAAGUCUGCGCCUAUGUCAGUCGGCAGGUGGAGCACGUGCGGAAGUCCAUGGAUGGGAAGAAUGUGGACACGGUGCUGACGGAGCUGGGCGUGCGUUUCCACAGACUCAUCCACGAGCACCUACAGCAGUACAGCUACAGCUCAAUGGGAGGCAUGCUGGCCAUCUGUGAUGUGGCUGAAUACCGAAAAUGCGCCAAGGACUUCAGGGUCCCUCUGGUGCUGCAGCUCUUCGACACACUCCACGCCCUCUGUAACCUCCUGGUGGUCGCUCCUGACAACCUGAAGCAGGUCUGCUCCGGGGAGCAGCUCACCAACCUGGACCGCAACCUCCUGCACGCCUUCGUCCAGCUCAGAGUGGACUACCGCUCGGCCAGGCUGGGUCGACACUUCAGUUAGUGACGUGUGUCCAACACUCGGCCCCUACACCCCCUACAUCCGUCCAACUCAGCCCAAACCCCCCCCCCCCCCCCCCCCCGCCACCCCCCGCCCCGCUUUUAUGAGAACGAUGCACCUUGUUUGUCUGGCCCCAGCAAACGGACUGAACUGGGAGGACGUCACGGAGACAGAGGUCACUGACGAUGGGAAACGUGCAUUUUAGCAAAUUAUUUCUCCAACUUGAAGACAUUUAAGUAACUGUUGACUUAGAUGAUUUCAUUGUUGUUUUUGUUUUAAUACUAAUCAAUUCAAUCUACAUGGCUGAAAAUCCUGACCUAUAAUAUGUCAAAUGGACUACAGUGAAAUCUGUGCUAAU